AUGCCACCACGUCGACGAUCAUCUUCCCGACAAAAAAUUGCUGCUGCAAUUGUUCGUUGGACAGGUUCUCAUGAAGAUUACAGUCUUGGCCUUUGUGGAUAUAUAUUACUUAUACUAUCAUAUGCGCUCAUCUGUUUAACCUUUCCAUUUUCACUAACUGUUUGUCUUAAAGUCGUCCAAGAAUAUGAACGAGCUGUUAUGUUUCGACUUGGUCGUAUCCUUGGUGGUGCCAAGGGGCCUGGUCUGUUUAUUAUAGUUCCCUGCGUUGAUGCUUAUACAAAAGUUGAUUUAAGAACCGUGACAUUUGAUGUACCACCACAGGAGAUUUUAACUAAAGAUUCAGUCACUGUUGCCGUCGAUGCUGUGGUUUAUUUCCGAGUAUUCGAUCCUGUUAUUUCUAUUACGAAUGUUGAGGAUGCUCCAAAAAGCACACAAUUGCUUGCGGCUACCAGCUUACGUAAUGUUCUUGGUACUAAAUCUUUACAAGAGAUUCUUUCUGAUCGAGAAUCCAUUGCACAAACAAUGCAGGCUGCUUUGGAUGAAGGUACUGAAUGUUGGGGAGUUCGAGUUGAACGUGUCGAAGUUAAAGAUGUUCGAUUACCUGUUCAACUUCAAAGAGCUAUGGCAGCUGAAGCAGAAGCAGCACGAGAAGCUCGUGCUAAAGUAAUUGCUGCUGAAGGUGAACAAAAGGCAUCUAGAGCAUUAAAAGAUGCUGCUGACGUUAUCAUGCAAUCACCAACAGCUCUUCAACUACGUUAUCUACAAACAUUAACAACAAUUGCAUCAGAAAAAAAUUCAACCAUUGUAUUUCCUAUUCCGGUUGAAUUGAUGCAAGCGGCUAUUGGAAAAUUUCGUUCUUCAUAA